CCUAUGUUUGUUUUUUAAGCUUGCAUUCCCAGAAUCAGCUUAAGCUUUUAAGAAUUCAGCCUGUUUCUACAAACUGAAUAAUCUCAGUUGAAAAAUCAAAAUGUUAGGAAAAGCUAAGAUUCAUUAGAUCCCACCCAAUUCUAAGGAACCGGAAAAACUCACUCUGGCCCCCAGUGUUGAAACCGUCUUUCACGUUUAGAAUGACUGCAUAAGAAUUUAGAAUUUCCUCUUUUCCAGGCCCAUUGUAUACUGUGUCGGCAGUUAUACAUCUAGCUUUUCUUUUCUGAGAACUGAAGAGCAUCCUCUGUUCUUCCAGUUCACGAGGGCGGGGAUUUUAAGAACAAGAGCAAUAGGCUGGGAAGGCAGUGGGAUCUAUAGUCACGUGAAGGCAUAAGGCCUCGUAACUGCAUGUCUCAGAACUGACCGAUUUGGGUUGCCAAAAUAGCCAGGCUUAUGCUGAAAUAGGGGAAGUCUGAUGUAUGCAAGAAACGCUUUUGAAAUAACUGUGGUGCCCAGGCCAAGCGGACAGAGCCUGGGACUGAGUUUGGCCUCUGGCUCGGUUUCCUUUCUUUGGUCUGAUACUUCACGUAUUUGAAUAUAGUUGAAUUUUAUUAUUUUUUUCUUACAGAAAUAUUUUUUAAAAUUAAAAAAAAAAAAACUCAAAGUGAACAGAGUUAACUUGUUAAAUCAGAAUGGUUCUCUUUGACCCACUCUGGUCUAUUGUGUAAAUAUUUAUUUAGACUAUUUUAAUAAUACAUAUUAUUUACCCCACUGUAACAUCAUGUAAACUAAAUAUGUUUUUAAACAAUUUUUUAGACUUGUAAUUACCCUGAAAAUAAGGUUUAUAAUGCAAAGACCAGACCCUUUGCCACGGCAGCACUCCUGGGGGGCUGCCCUUACACAGUCUCAUGACUCAAAGCCACUUUAUUGACUCCCUUUUACAUAAUCCUCUUUUCCUCCCAACUCAUUCUCCACAGAGGGAAGACCUCAAGACAUUUUCCAGUUCCAGAUCUCUUUUUCAACAUUUUGGAUGACGUUAACUUACACAUGAUGGGAGAGGUUCUAGGAUGUACAGGAAAAAAGCACUUGCAUUGGGUUGAUUAUGGAAGAUUCUCACAAGAAUAACGCUUCAGAGACAGCACCUCAGUCUGGUUCAACAGUUCAGGGAGCUCAUAUUUCUCAUAUUCCUCAACAGAUGUCAUUAAGAGGAUCUGCGCCAGUGACAAUUGUACCUCUUCCUGGAGAGCAAGUACAGGUUCAGGGGGUCAUCCAGACAGCUCAGUCUUCUGUAAUUCACCCACCACACGUGCAAACGGUAUCAUCUUUAUCAGAAAGUGAAGAGUCUCAGGACUCAUCUGACAGCAUAGGCUCCUCACAGAAAACCCACGGGAUCCUAGCACGGCGCCCAUCUUACAGAAAAAUUUUGAAAGACCUAUCUUCUGAAGAUACACGGGGCAGAAAAGGAGACGGAGAAAAUCCUGGAGUUUCUGCUGUCACUUCUAUGUCUGUUCCAACUCCCAUCUAUCAGACUAGCACCGGACAGUACAUUGCCAUUGCCCCAAAUGGAGCCUUACAGCUGGCCAGUCCAGGCACAGAUGGAGUACAGGGGCUUCAGACAUUAACCAUGACAAAUUCAGGCAGUACUCAACAAGGUACAACAAUUCUCCAGUACGCACAGACCUCUGAUGGACAGCAAAUACUUGUGCCCAGCAACCAGGUGGUUGUACAAACUGCAUCAGGAGAUAUGCAGACGUAUCAGAUCCGUACCACGCCUUCAGCUACUUCGCUACCACAAACCGUGGUGAUGACAUCUCCCGUAACCCUUACAUCUCAGACAACUAAGACAGAUGACCCCCAACUGAAAAGAGAAAUAAGGUUGAUGAAAAAUAGAGAAGCUGCUCGAGAAUGUCGCAGAAAGAAGAAAGAAUAUGUGAAAUGUCUGGAAAAUCGAGUUGCAGUCCUGGAAAAUCAAAAUAAAACUCUAAUAGAAGAGUUGAAAACUCUGAAGGAUCUUUAUUCUAAUAAAAGUGUUUGAUUCUUAAGAAAGAAAAUAUUUUUGUGGACUUGCUGAAAAAUUAGACGGAUUUCUUUUCUUUUUUAGUGGAGUUUUAUGAAUUAAAAGGUCAAAAAUGAAGCUUUUUAUUUAGGCUUUUACAACUCAAAGAUAAAUAUCUUACGCAAGAGAUCUGGUGACAGAGGAUAAAGUGGAAAAAGACCUCAAGGAGGUUACUGGCACAACUGGAAGCUCUGUAAAAAUCAAACAUACUCAAGAAACAAGAAAUGAACUUUCACAAAUUCAAAUUUUCUAAAUAACAAUAGUUGUCAAUAUUCCAAAAAUGGCAGAUAAGAUGAAAUUUGAUAAAUCAGAUUUUUAAAAAUAAAUCAUUUACCCUAUAGGUUUGCAUUUCUUACUGUUUCCUAAAAUUUACCUUUUUCAAUUGUGUGUGUGUGUGCUAUUUCUGCCAAUAAAUUCUAAAUUACAAAUAGAAAAAAGCUAAUAUACAACUAAAUAUAUAAAUUAUGUGUUCUGAUUAUGUAUACUUGCUCUAUCAUCAGGUCUUAAAUGGGUUUUUAAAAGUUUGUUUAUUGGACUUGAGAGGAUUUUUGAGACUGGGUUAACUAUUUUUGAGGCCUUGUCCUAAAAGGCAUCUAAGGUACAUGAAUGGAGUGUGGUGAUUUUGUAACAUUUUUUUUAUCAGAAUGGAAAGAGAAUUGUUUAAAAGUUUGAUACUUUUAAAUGGUUUGUUUUCUGGUUACUCUGGGAAUGGUGAUUUUCUACAAAUAUUUAAUAAAUUGUUUUUUGAUUCUAUAUUCUGUAUGCAGUUAAAUAUACAUUACUUAUUCUGUUGUGCUUUAAUAGAAUGGAAUGUUUACAGGCCCUUGAGAUGUUAAGAGUAUUUUAAAAACCUUCUGAAGAUGCAUACCAAAGUUUUCCAAGAGGAUUUUAUAAUUGGUUUAAUGUAAGGUUUAUCAGAUUCUAAAAUAGUACAGUUACUAAGGCAAUUUUAUGUUAGAGACUAUUUUGUAAUGUAGUGAAUGGUACAUUUAUAAGAAAUGUGACUGCCAAUAUAUUUUUAUAGCUAAUCUUUAUAAAUUCUGAAGUUGAGUUUUUAAUGAUUAUUUUAAAUGUUUAUAUAGUUUGUUAGUAAAAAGUAUUUUGCAUCUCAAAGUAUCAUUUUUAUAUUAUAGGAAGUAAAGUUUCCAGAUUGGCUAAUAUUUGAAUUGUAAGUUUUGUAUGCAGUUUAUCCAGAGUUCAAAAAUGCUGUCAGCACACCAGUGUUUAACCUCUGUAUUCCAAUUUGUAUACACUUUGAAAUUGUACUGCAAAACUAUUGUGUGCUUCUUAUACAAUAUGUAUCAUAUUGUUGUCUAUGAAAUUAAAGGACAUUUGAUAAAAUUAA